CUGCCAUACACGUGAUCUUCCUCCCAUCGCGUCCACGUGCGAUUGUUUUUAUUCCGACGCAGUGACUGCGUCAUGACGUCACGGAGCCAGCAGGCAGGCAGGCAAGGCAGCUCAUCAGUUCGAACCUCAGUGUCGACGAGGAGUGAGUGAGUAGUUCUGCUGCAGCUGCUGCUCCCACACAAACACCAGCCGUGACAGACCGCCGCCGGGAGGACAGCUCUAUCCGCGACAGGAUACAGGCUGGCGUUUUAUCUUUCUCCGUGUUGUACAUUUGGUGAAGAAUCACCGAAGAGGGUCAGAACCGUUGGUGCUGACUGAAACUUUCAGAUGGAAAAUUUGUGCAGCAAUAACCGGUUUCGGUCCGGAGUGUUCAACAACCACGACGAUGAGAUUGCAGAGUGCAGUGUAGCACCCAUUGCGAUGGAGGACAGUGACCAAGAGCUUUCCUCUUCAUCAGAUGAGCAGAACUCCUGCCCAUCCUCACCCAAUCAGAUCAGCCACCACAAUGCUGCACAGCAUUUGAGCCAUUCAGACGACUCAGAGGUGGAGAACAUAAUGCUUGAUCCUCCACAUCACGGAGGGCAUAGCCCAAACCACCAGCAUGGCCACGAAGCUCACAAUGCUGUAGAAGAGAUUGAGGGCCAGGACCGGCCCCUCACCCCGUCUCAUUUGCAGCCCCCCGUGGCGUAUCGAGCCCAGUCAGAUUCAGGUUCAGAUACCACCUUGUCGCAGAGCAGAAGUGUGGAGUUUGAGUUGCCAUCUCCCAUCAGUCCCUCCAGACCAAGGAGCCCCUGGGCUCUGUUUGAUCCAUACAGCAAUAAUGAGGACCCAGACAAGGAGUAUGUGGGCUUUGCAACACUGCCAAACCAGGUGCACCGCAAAUCUGUCAAGAAAGGGUUUGACUUCACUCUCAUGGUGGCUGGUGAGUCUGGCUUGGGAAAGUCCACCCUGGUCAACAGUCUGUUUCUCACAGAUUUGUACAAAGAUAGGAAGCUGCUUAAUGCUGAAGAGAGGAUCACCCAGACAGUUGAAAUCACCAAGCACACUGUGGAUAUAGAGGAGAAAGGUGUGAAGCUGAAGCUCACCAUUGUGGACACCCCUGGAUUCGGUGAUGCUGUGAACAACACUGAAUGCUGGAAGUCAGUGGCUGACUACAUCGACCAGCAGUUCGAGCAGUACUUCAGGGACGAGAGCGGCCUCAACCGCAAGAACAUCCAGGACAACCGUGUACACUGCUGUCUUUAUUUCAUUUCACCCUUCGGUCAUGGCCUUCGGCCUCUCGAUGUUGAAUUCAUGAAGGCUCUGCAUGAGAAGGUUAAUAUUGUACCUAUUCUGGCCAAAGCUGAUACACUCACCCCAAGCGAGGUCAAGAAAAAGAAAAUUAAGAUCAGAGAGGAGAUUGAGCAGUACGGCAUCAAGAUCUAUCAGUUCCCUGACUGUGACUCCGAUGAAGAUGAGGAGUUUAAGCAACAAGACCACGAGCUGAAGGAGAGCAUUCCUUUUGCAGUAAUUGGCAGCAACACAGUGGUAGAGGCCAAAGGGAAGAGGGUGAGGGGCCGCCUCUACCCCUGGGGCAUCGUAGAAGUGGAAAACUCUGCUCACUGUGACUUCAUUAAGCUGAGGAACAUGCUGGUACGCACACACAUGCAGGACCUGAAGGAUGUGACCCGAGAGACUCACUACGAGAACUACAGAGCACAGUGCAUCCAAAGCAUGACCCGCAUGGUUGUAAAGGAACGAAACCGCAAUAAGCUAACCAGGGAGAGCGGCACAGACUUCCCCAUCCCCGUGAUCCCCGGAGCGUCAGAGAGCGAGACGGAGAAGCUCAUCCGAGAGAAAGACGAGGAGCUGCGGCGGAUGCAAGAGAUGCUGCAGAGGUUCCAGGAUCAUCUGGUCACCCAGAAAGAUGGCUGUUAACAAAGGACUCUGCACAUUAAAGUAAGAAAUAAAGCGAAAACACCCAGGCACCCUUUAUUCCACUGCUGAACACUGAGGUCCCCUGGGUGUUUGUCCACCCAGUCUCCACUCAGCCUCCUCAACAAGCAUGCGACCCACCGACCUGCUGAGGAGAUGGUAAGACCUGACCUUAGUGACUCUUUAUCUUCUGAAGUCUAACAAACACCUGGUUACAUAUCAGAACUGUUAAUUAGCCACAUGAUCACAAAUGUUAAUGAGGUUAAUGUCAAAGUACUGGACCUGUCCACUUUCCUGUUGUCUUUAUUUUCUCUGUAGAUCAACCUGUUUUUGUUUUAUUUAGUUGAGUUCUAUGUCUUCCAUAUUUCUGUUUAAUGACACCCAGCCACAGUCCUUCACUUUAUAUGGAUACUAUAGAUUUUGACUCAUUUGCCACUCAUGUCAUUAUUGGUUCAUUUUUAUGUAUAUUUGUUGUAUGAGUGUCUACAUAUUUAAUUUUAGUUUCACCUCCAAUGCCUCGCUUGGUGACUUUAUGGAUGUCAGGGGCACUGCUUAGUAUUGGCCAGUAACGUCACAUAUUUACUUCCUGAUAUGUAAUAACAGCAAAUGACUUCCACAGGUAUUAGCAGUCCUGGUGAAGGUAUGUAAGGAGCCUUCAAAUUAACGAGUCUUUAGUUGCAGUAGUGUAAUCAUACGCUGGAAAAUGUAGAAAAAUCCCAUUUGGAUUUGAGUUGAUUUAUUUAAAAGAAAAACUAAAAUCACUGUUGCAACACUUAUUGACACCUUUAACAAUCUUCUAAGAUAACUGUUUCAGUUGAUCAGAGCAUGUGGAAACGUUAUAUUAGUAAUGAAUGAGUUUUCUUGUCCCUAAGAUACAAAUGUUACACAGACCCGCUUCACUUUGCUGCUCUUCAUAGACUCAUGUUUAUCUUGUCACCACGCACAGUGAGGAGGAUGGAAAAAUGGAGAAUCAUCGGUCAGAUGGCGUUAAGAUGGAAGAAAGCGUUUAAGUCGCAGACAUUCCACAGGCAAUGAGUAUGUGGAGAAGCACCUCGUGCACACUGUUAAGCAGGGUGGAGGAUCUGUGAUGCUGUGGGCCAGUUUUCUUCCAGAGGUUCUAGGAUUGCUUGAAACCAUUUUUAAAAUAAUAUUAAUAAUGAUGAAGUCAGAUUAUGCCACUAUAUAAGAGAUGUCCUUAUUUUAAGGCUUUUUGCACAUCUGCACCAGCGGUGCUGAUGAAUGCGGAGGACGCUGUAAAUCACUAAAUUACUUUAUAUGAAGUUCUAUUGGGUCGGCCCAGGAUGUGAAACAUGAGGUGUGAUGGCUCCGGUGGACGGUGUAUUUAUUUUUGCAUGCAGUUUUCUAAUGAUGAGCUGAGUCUGCAGGUUUGUUUAAUGGCCUUUAGGUUUUUGGAAAAAAAUGUCAGGAACAGAUAUGUUUUUUAUAGUUUGGUUGGACUUGGUGAUGUUUUUUUACUUUAAGGUAACUCUUUAGUGGGGGGGCUGUAAAUGUUAACAUUAGCCCUUAAAUAUUACAUUUGAAUUGAUUUUAAAGCAUCAUUUUGGGUUACAUUUUUUGACAUUCCUCCUGCUUCUGUCAGUAAGAUAAUAUUUCUGUUUUUUAAAAAUUGUUUUAUAUUAAACCUGACAUCUGUUAUUUUAUGUUUCUUGGAAUAUAUUUAUGUAUUGAAUUUAUACAUUGACUGGUUUUGGAGGAAAGCUUAUGAAUUAUAAUGUAAUAGCUCUACAGUUAUAUUGUAAUAAAAUAUUUGAAACUGUCA